GUACAUUCCCAGAGAGAGAGAGAGCAAACUUCGUGAGCAGAAAGAAGAAGCUGCGACUCGUCCGGGAUGUUUGACGGCUAUGAUAGUUGUAGUGAGGACACCAGCAGCAGCUCCAGCUCAGAUGAGAGUGAAGAGGAGGUUGCUCCUUUGCCAUCCAGCCUCCCCAUUAUAAAGAACAAUGGACAGGUCUAUACGUACCCAGAUGGCAAGUCUGGCAUGGCCACCUGUGAGAUGUGUGGGAUGGUUGGUGUCCGGGACGCCUUCUACUCCAAAACCAAACGCUUCUGCAGCGUCUCCUGCUCCAGGAGCUACUCCUCCAACUCCAAGAAGGCCAGCAUUCUGGCCAGGCUUCAGGUAGCGGGGAAACCUCCGACCAAGAAAGCUAAAGUCCUGCAGAAACAACCACUGGUGGCUAAGUUAGCAGCUUAUGCUCAGUACCAAGCAACCCUGCAAAACCAGGCAAAGACUAAAGCAGCUGUCCCUGUGGAAGGUUUCAGCUGGGGUAACUACAUCAACAGCAAUAGCUUCACAGCAGCUCCUGUCACCUGCUUUAGACACGCACCCAUGGGGACCUGCUGGGGUGACAUCUCGGAAGGAGUGCGAGUGGAGGUUCCAAACACUGACUGCAGCCUGCCUACCAAAGUCUUCUGGAUAGCUGGGAUUGUGAAACUAGCAGGCUACAAUGCCCUGCUGAGAUAUGAAGGCUUUGAAAAUGAUUCAAGUCUUGACUUCUGGUGCAACGUUUGUGGGUCUGACAUCCACCCAGUUGGUUGGUGUGCAACCAGUGGGAAGCCCCUGGUCCCUCCUCGAACCAUCCAACACAAAUACGCAAACUGGAAAGCUUUUCUAGUGAAACGACUCACUGGUGCCAAAACACUUCCUCCUGACUUUUCUCAGAAGGUGUCGGAGAGCAUGCAGUACCCCUUCAAGACGUCCAUGAGGGUGGAGGUGGUGGACAAGACGCACCUGUGCCGCACCAGGGUGGCCGUGGUGGACAGCGUGAUCGGGGGCCGCCUGCGGCUGGUGUACGAGGAGAGUGAGGACAAGAGCGACGACUUCUGGUGCCACAUGUACAGCCCUCUGAUCCACCACGUCGGCUGGUCCCGCGCCAUCGGACACCGCUUCAAGCGCGCUGACCUGACAAAGAAACAGGAUGGACAUUUUGAUGCUCCCCCCCACUUGUUUCUGAAGGUAAAAGAGGUGGACUUAGCUGGAGAAUGGUUUAAAGAAGGAAUGAAGUUGGAAGCUAUAGACCCCUUAAACCUUUCAGCAAUAUGUGUGGCAACUAUUAGAAAGGUUUUAGCAGAUGGCUAUCUUAUGAUUGGGAUUGAUGGCUCAGAAGCAGCAGAUGGGUCUGAUUGGUUUUGUUACCAUGCCACUUCCCCUUCUAUUUUCCCUGUUGGUUUCUGUGAAAUUAACAUGAUUGAACUAACUCCACCCAGAGGUUAUGCAAAACUCCCUUUUAAAUGGUUUGACUACCUCAGGGAAACUGACUCCAUAGCAGCACCUGUCAAGCUCUUCAACAAGGAGGUUCCCAACCACGGGUUCCACGUGGGGAUGAAGCUGGAGGCCGUGGACCUGAUGGAGCCGCGGCUGGUGUGCGUGGCCACGGUGACACGGAUCAUCCACCGCCUGCUGCGCAUCCACUUCGACGGCUGGGAGGAGGAGUACGAUCAGUGGGUGGACUGCGAGUCCCCAGACCUCUACCCGGUGGGCUGGUGCCAGCUAACUGGGUACCAGCUGCAGCCUCCAGCACCACAGUCCUCAAGAGACAGCCAAUCAAGUUCAUCCAAACAGAAGAAGAAAGCUAAAUCACAGCAGUACAAAGGACACAAGAAAAUGAUGUCCCUGCAGCUGAAGGAGGAGUUGCUGGAUGGGGAGGAGUAUGGCUUCUUCCAGGGAGCAUCCGACCAGGAGAGCAACGGCUCUGCCAGUUACUACAUCAAGCAGGAGCCCUGAGGCAGCAGGGAGGAGCAGGGGCAGAGUGUUGGUGAUGGGAGCAGAGCCUCUCUCCAGGACUGGCUGGCUCUGUCCCUCCUGGGCUGGGGCAGUUGUGCUGCU